UUCAGUAUCCUUAUAGUUCCUUCUUUAUCAUAUGAGUCUAAGCCUUCCUGCACAUUCUGCCAUUAAACUACCACUUCACUGCUCUUCUCUUUCAUCUUUCCCAUCUCUCUGUUCGUCUUCUGAUUUCCCCAGUUCUUCUCAGUCACGCCACCUUAAAUACCUCUCCAUCCUAUCAAUUACUUUCUCACCUCUGUUUCUGAUCCCAUUUUAACCUCACCUGUCUUCUCCCGCCUCUUCUCCAUCCACUUCAAUUUUUUUCUUCCCUCUUAGCGGUGGGGUUAAACCAUAUUUAACACGUAAAUGAACAGUAAGGACCUGUUGGAGUCAUCCACUUCGGACCAGUACGAUCAGAUGGACACGAUGACGAUGAUGAUGCACCUUCCUGAAUUCUCUGGAGCCUACCACGACGUUGUUUCCGAUGACUUUGCACUGCCUGAGCUCUCCCCGGUGGCUGCUAGGACGGACACCGACAUACACGGAACUAUGCUACAUUUUUUGGACAACUCUCCCGUGACAUCGUCGUCCUCCUUCAAUAGUUUACAGUCUGCUACAAUUUCCUUUACUAACCCUACUCCGACGCUUCACCAAGAGCGAGAUCCGCCACCGUGCGGAGGAAACGGGUGCAGUAGAGCAUCGGAGAAAGGGAUGUCGAUGGCGGCGAUGAGGGAGAUGAUAUUCAGGAUAGCGGUGAUGCAGCCGAUACACAUAGACCCCGAGUCAGUGAAGCCACCAAAGCGAAGGAACGUGAAGAUCUCAAAGGAUCCUCAGAGUGUGGCGGCUCGCCACCGUAGAGAGAGGAUCAGCGAGAGGAUAAGGAUACUGCAGAGACUGGUUCCGGGAGGGACGAAGAUGGACACAGCUUCCAUGCUAGAUGAAGCCAUUCACUAUGUGAAAUUUCUCAAGUCUCAGGUUCAGUCAUUGGAACGGGCUGCAGGCCGGAAGCCUCCAGGGAUAGGAUUUCCUGUGGCAAUGUCCACUGCAUCUUCCUCCUCGUAUCUUGCCAUCCCAUCAAAACCUUGCCAAUUUCCUACUCAAGAUGUUCCGCAUUUCGGACAUGAUGCGUGGUAGCAUAUUAAUAUUAAUUAACGCCACUUAUAUGUAUUUGUAAUUUAUUAUUGAGCAUAAACAAGCUAUAUAUAUGGAUUUUAUU